AUUUUGAGCAGUGUUAUGAAAUAAUAAAAUGAAUUUAAGUAGUAUGGUUUUCUUGUUACUUGUGUCUAUUUGUAGUUUAAUUACUUCUUUAAAUUUACUUUCUUCUGGUUGUUGUUAUUUUAUAGAUUGAGAGUUGAUUAGAAUUAAUAGAGCUAGAAUUGAAAUAGCUUUGAUUAUUGACUGAAUAUCAAUGAUGUUUAUGUCUUUUGUUUGUUUUAUUUCUUCUAUGGUUUUAUUUUAUAGGGGGGGUUAUAUGUCCGGAGACUAUAAUAUUGGUCGUUUUAUAUAUUUAGUUUUGGGGUUUGUACUCUCGAUAUUAUUAUUGAUUAUUAGUCCUAAUAUAAUCAGUAUUUUAUUGGGUUGGGAUGGGUUAGGCUUGGUUUCUUAUGCUUUAGUUAUUUAUUAUCAAAAUGAAAAAUCUGCUGGGGCGGGAAUACUGACAGCUUUGUCUAAUCGUGUUGGAGAUGUUGCUAUUUUAUUAAGAAUUUCUUUAAUAUUGAGUUUAGGGGGUUGAAAUUUUUAUUUUUAUGUUGGGGAGGAGUCUUUAAAUAGGAGUUAUGUUGUUUUUUUAGUAGUAUUAGCUGCUAUAACUAAGAGGGCUCAGAUUCCUUUCUCUGCUUGACUACCUGCGGCCAUGGCUGCUCCUACUCCUGUUUCUGCUUUAGUUCAUUCUUCAACUUUAGUGACCGCUGGGGUUUAUCUUUUGAUUCGAUUUCAUUCUAGGCUUAUAACUUCUUUUGCUAGAACUUUACUUUUAUUAUUAGGUUGUUUGACCAUGUUUAUGGCUGGGCUGGGAGCUAAUUUUGAAACGGACUUAAAAAAAAUUAUUGCUCUUUCUACACUAAGUCAGCUGGGUGUUAUAAUUACUAUUUUAAGGUUAGGGUGGGCUACUUUAGCCUUUUUCCAUCUUUUAACUCACGCUUUAUUUAAAGCUCUUUUAUUUAUAUGUGCUGGUUCAAUUAUUCAUAGUGUGGGGGACUAUCAAGAUAUUCGUAUGAUAGGGGGUUUAGUAAAUUUUAUACCUAUCAGGGUUGUUUGUAUUAAUUUAGCUAAUUUAGCUCUUUGUGGGUUUCCUUUCUUGGCUGGGUUUUAUUCGAAGGAUUUAAUUCUAGAAGUGGCUUUUUUAAAUCCUCUUAAUGAGAUUUGUUUCUGGUUGUUAGCUUUGGCUACUGGUCUUACCGUUUGUUACAGGUUCCGUCUUGUAUAUUACAGGCUUAGGGGUGACUAUAACUUAAGGUCUGUUUCAUCUGUUAGAGAUUCUGAGACUUUGAUAACUUGGCCUAUGUUGGGUUUAAGAAUUGGUGCUGUAGUAGGUGGUUCUGCUGUUUCUUGGCUUGUGUUUCCUUCUCCUACUAUAAUUUGUCUUACUUUGUCGAUGAAACUACUUGCUUUGGCUGUGAGUUUAGUUGGGGGUUUUAUUGGAUAUGUAUUAAAUUUAAUAGUAGAAAAUUAUAAGCUUAAUUCCCUGCAGUUUUAUCCUGUUGUUGUUUUUUCUGGUUCUAUGUGAUUUAUGCCUCUAUUAUCUACUAUCGGAAUUAGACGGGGUGUUUUAGCUGGUGGUUUUGUAUACACCCAAUUAGGAGAUGGAGGUUGAUCCGAAUAUUAUGGUGGGCAGGGUAUUUACAGCACUCUUAUGAAAUCUUCUGGCUACCUUCAGGCAAUUCAAGAAAAUAGAAUUAAAACUUAUUUAAUUAUUUUAUUAAUUUGAUUGGUAGGUCUUUUACUGAUCAUUUAAA